ACAAUUGUGGAAUUAGAAAAUUAAGAAUCCUAAGAAAUGAGUCUAGUAAGAAAGUUAGAGGCUGAGUUAGAGCUCCAGUACUCCUCUGCCGACAAGUUCUUCACACUUCUCAGCAAAGAGAUUUAUCACACUUCCAAAGCUUCCUCUGAUAAAAUUCAGCAGAUUGAUGUUCUCCAAGGAGACUGGGAAACUUCUGGCUCUGUCAAGCUUUGGUCAUAUACUAUUGAUGGAAAGCAGGAGAUAUUUAAAGAGAAGGUCGAAGUAGACGAAGCAAACAAGGUAGUAAUAAUGACUGCAAUUGAAGGACAUAUUCUUGAACAAUACAAGAGCUUUAAGAUUACUCAUAAAGCAAUUCCAAAAAGUGGAGGAGCAGCUGAUGUUCUCAAAAUCACUGUUGAAUAUGAGAAACUCAAGCCUGAAGAUGAACCUCCAACUAAGUAUCUAGACUUUAUUCUUUGCGUCGUCAAGGACGUCGAUGUACACCUUCUCAAGCCCUGAUUGCAUAUUCUAUUGGAACUACGAUCCUUAUAUAUCUAUACUAUAUAUAAAAUACUCGAGAACAAAAUCCAGGAAAAGCUGUUUUUCCUGGGAUUUCAUGGUUAUUAAUUAUCA